GGGUCACAAGCAUCAGAGCGGAGGAAUCAGCCUAUGAAACCGAGAAUAUGGACAGAAAAUGAACAGAAAUAAGAUUAUACAUCCACACAGUGAUUUUUGCAAGAACAAGAAAAAGAAACGCAGAUGACAGCAAAGAAACUGAGGAGGUGAGACUGUAAUUUUGUCCUCGCAGUGGGAGCGUUUAUCCGCCGUCCAGGUCCAAAAAACCUUUUUCACUUCAAGCUGAAUAAAGUUCCUCGGCUGGAGAUUGUUUUACUUGGAGAUGAAUGGAAUGAGAAUGAGAAUCAGAGGGAAAAGAAGAGAAGGGAGGAGCAGAAUAAAAAAGAUGUCUAGGAGAAAUCAUGUUGAGAUGUAGGCGCGUGCCUGUGACUCUAAUGAUUCCGUCCGUUCCACCGUGCGCACGCGCGUCGUCCUCGCCUCUCGGGAGCGCGCUGAGCGGCGGCGCGUCUGGUGUGGAGUUUAUUCAACGACGCUCUCAAACUUCGGUAUUAUUCUGCGCUUGAGGAUGCGUGUCACGGUGUGAAAGGAAAAUACUGACUGACGUGCGGCUAAUUGGAUUGAGACGGUCCGGCGAGAGAAAGAAUAAAAGAAGAUCAUUUAAGUCUCGCCAUGAGUCUGGGAAAGCUGCCGGCGAUCAAGGGCCUGGUGUCCACGUCUCACGGCAAACGGCGGUUUAAGAGCGACCUGUCGGUGGACAUGAUCAGUCCGCCGCUCGGCGACUUCCGCCACACCAUGCACGUGGGCCGCGGCGGGGACGUCUUCGGUGACACUUCGUUUCUGAGUAACUACGGCGGAUCAAGUAACAGCGAAGGGAUACGAUACCCGGAUUCGCCCUCCGGCUCCAAACCGACGCGCUUUUUAUCACGAACACUGCAGCAUGUGAGAAAGACUCCUCUGCCACGGCUGAGAGGAGGGUCACGUGACUUCUCGUCCCCUCCGCCGCCCAUCUCACCCAUCAUUAAAAACGCCAUCUCUCUGCCUCAGCUGAACAUGAACGACGGCGGCCUGAUGAGGGCGCUGCUGCCCACCUCCACCAGCUCACCGGACGAACCGCUCUGCUCCUACGGUCUUCAUUCUGGUUUCGUCACGCUGCCUCGUUCAUCUCGUCUCGACCAAAGCUUUGCAGAAACGUCUGAAAUGCUCAGCUCAGAUAGUCGACGGAGCUCCUUACCUGAGAACAGCGAGGUCUCAAUGACGCGAUCUGAUUCGCUCUCGUCCUUCACGGUGGACCUCGGCCCCUCCCUCAUGAGUGAGGUGUUGGAGUUGAUUGACAGCUCCUGCUGCCUCAUUAGGAGCCAUCAGGAUCAGGAGGAGGAGGAGGAGGAGGAAGGGCAGCAGAGCUCUGUGUUUGAGAUGGAUCAUGAAUGUCAGACAGCUCCGAUCGGAGCAGACAUCACCAUCGAGCCCAGGAGGUUCCAGCAGGCUGCUAGCGUGCUAGCACGUCACUUUGGAGGAGGAAGACCUGAAGAAGAGAGUCAGAGACCGUCAUCUUUCAGACACACAAGGACGCCAUACAGCUUCACUGAGACAGAGGAUGAAAUCAAAGUAUGAGCAUCAGAAAUCAAACAUAAGGACAGUUAUGAUAUUAUAAACCAGUCUGAUUUCAAAGACAGUUUAGUUUUUAUUACAGUCUUGUUUUGAAAAUAAGAAUCCAGGGAUUUUUAUUUGGACAGUUUAAAGGACUUGAAAGAGACCUGCUAUACAGUCAGUGCAUGAAUGGAGAGCCAUCUUUCUCUAUUAAUUAACAAACAUUCAGCUGUAAAUUUCUUUUUAAAUCUUGGAAUCAAGUAUAUAUUCAAUAAAACUGUUCUGUACAUUUUUUCACAAGUACAUUUAUAUUUUAAUGUUGUUUAAAUGUGCAUAUUCAUGUACAAAACCUAAAGGCAAUAACCAGGAUCUUUAGCAUCUACAGUUAAUUAAAUAUAGAUCUACAGCAAAGACAUUCAUAUUAUUUGUAUUUUUUCAUUGUGACAUUUAGAUUUUAUAAAACUUCAUAUAUUUUAACAGAAUUUGUCCAGUUUUAUACUUAACCCUGACAGAUAUAUGUAUUUUUGAGCGAACAAGUAAUGUUAAACACAAAUGAAUAAUAUUCAUAUAUGCAGUGAAUUUAUGUGGAAUUAAUUUGGGAGUUUCUUAUGUGUAUAUAAUUUACGGUUAAUAAAAGAUGUGUUUAGGAACAUGUAC